AUGACCCACCUCGUUGCCGUGGCGCUCUCGCCCAGUCGCCCUCCCGUCGCUCUUCCUCUCGCCCCUGCCAUCACCCACCUCUGCGCCGUCACGCUCGUUUCGAAUAGCCCUCCCAUCCCUUCCCGCUGCUCUCGCUCUCUCCCAUCCCUUCCCGUCGCUCUCGCCCUCUCCCAUUCCUACCCGUCGAUCUCGCUCUCUCCCAUCCCUUCCCGUCGCUCUCACCUUCUCCCAUCCCCUCGCCAUCGCGCUCACGUUCCUCGUCUCCCGUACCAUUCGCGCUCGCACAUUCUCAUCCCGUCCCGUACCGUUCCUCCUCUCUCCCCGUCCAUCCCGUCAUUCCUCCUCACUGUCCUCCCAUCCCGUCGUUCUAUCUCUCUCCCUUCCCGUCCCGUGGUUCCUCCUCUCUCCCCUUCCCAUCCUGUCGUUCCCGCUCUCUCCCCUUCCCAUCCCAUCGUUCCGUCUCUCUCCCCUCCCAUUCCGUCGUUCCGCCCCUCUCCCCUUCCCAUCCCGUCGUUCCGUCUCCCUCCCCUCCCGUCCCGUCGUUCCGCCUCUCUCCCCUUCCUAUGCCGUCGUUUCGCCUCUCUCCCCUCCUAUCCCGUCGUUCCUCCUCUCUCCCCUUCCCAUCCCGUCGUUCCCGCUCUCUCCCCUUCCCAUCCCGUCGUUCCGUCUCUCUCCCCUCCCAUUCCGUCGUUCCGCCCCUCUCCCCUUCCCAUCCCGUCGUUCCGUCUCCCUCCCCUCCCGUCCCGUCGUUCCGCCUCUCUCCCCUUCCUAUGCCGUCGUUUCGCCUCUCUCCCCUCCUAUCCCGUCAAACACUUUUUUCACAUCUCUGCUAGCUCGUCGGACAACCUUUAUGGUGUUCCACUGUCAUCUCGUGCAUAUGUGCGUGCGCUGGAUUUUGCCAAUGUUGUUGCUUGA